UUGGUCGCUAUGGUUUACUAUGCAAUGGUAGCUGUUCCAGUAGACAGUGCGAUAAUUCUGCCGUAAUAUCUUCAUGUGACAACAUAACUGGGGAGUGUGACAGUGGAUGUCAACCAGGCUGGGGUGGACUAGAUUGUACACAAAAAUGUCCAUAUGGUAGAUACGGUAAAGAUUGUAAAGGAUUCUGCACAAACAGACUUUGUCGUGGAAACUCGCCAUGUGAUCACGUGACUGGAAAUUGUGUCGAUGGCUGUGAAAGGGGAUAUGAAUCACCUGACUGCACUACGAACUGCCGUGGUACCUAUGGCUUCAACUGUAAUAUGUCUUGUAGCUCUCGGAACUGUUACUACACCUCCUCGGGAUGUGACCAGUUUUAUGGAAACUGCACAGGAAAAUGUGUGGAUGGUUUUGAAUUACCCGACUGUGCAACUGUAUGUCGCGGUAGCAAUUUUGGAUCUGAGUGCAAGUUCAGAUGCGGUGACCGGCAUUGUGAUGGAGACAGUACAACGUGCGAUGCUCAAAGCGGAACAUGUAUACAUGGUUGUCAGCCAGGAUGGAAGAAACCAAGCUGUAUCAAACAAUGCAUUGGGACAUAUGGCCGAGAUUGCAACUAUUCGUGUAGUGACAGAAAGUGUAAAGACAACACGGUGUGUGAUCACGUGAUAGGAUCGUGCAAUGGACUGUGCGUUGCUGGUUGGCAAGGAGAUGCGUGCAAUCAGAUUGUGAGUAUGUCUGAAGAAAUCAGUCAGAAUGACAAUGGAUCCACGAGUAUUGCAUUGGCCGUUGCCUUGGGAAUAGUUUCCAUACUACUGAUUGCACUUGCUGUGGUCUUCUUCUGGCAUGUGAGGCGUUACAAGAUGACGCCAGGAUCUACAACAAAAGAAAACUCUAGUGUGGCAAACCAAGAUGGUGGACACUAUGAAAUCGUGUGCAGACAGACCGGUCGUGAUCGAGACAUCGCGAGAGUUGACACUUCUGAUGAGAGCGGCUACGUGAAUUCAUCAGGGUCACGUGGAACAGAUGAUGUUUCACAACGCCCCUUAGGUGAUGGCGACAGUGGUUAUGUCAAUGCAGGACAAGAUAUUCAGCUGAACGAAUAUGAACAUCUUGAUCCAUCGCACUCACCGCAGAAUGUCUACGAUAAAAUAACUGGGAAUUAAAGACUUUCGCUCCAAUUCUGGCAACCGCCACACCAACAACUGAAUGGAAACUAUUUUGGGACGAAACUCGUGUAAUUAUUGUUUCAUUAAUAGUUGACAAGGCAUUAGAAUAAUUGUUCCAUAUCAAAAAUAGCAUUGCCUGCUCCUUAUGUUGUCAGUAACAUGUAAAUGUGUUUUAUAUUUGUGGCGAGCGGGAUUGUCUGCUCCAAAUAGGUUAGCUUAUUUGACUGCAUUUGUGUCUGAAAGCACUGUCAUAGUUAGUUUUUUUCAAUAAAAUAUAAUAACUUUGAAGCUGUUUUAUGGAGGACAGCAUUGCAUGUUUCAACAAGGUUUCUGGAGGACCACAUUGUGUGCUCCAUAACUCGUUUGUUCAAAACAAUAUAAAUAGUUUGGGUUUUUGGGGUUUUUUUUUUGUAGGACAGCAUAUUGCUUGCUCCAU